UUUUUUGUCUUUAUCCGGUGCUGGAUUUUCAGAUGUAUUUGUCCGCAGUUCCUGGACAUAAAGAGAAGAAAUAAGGCCGUAGCCGAGUUCUUCAAUUGAAAUUGCUGAAUGCACGAGACCCAGUAUGAGUGGGGGUCGGUUUGAAAUGUCAAGAGGCUGAUAAGAGAUGGGCUGCUGAAAUCGCUGGGUGCUGAUUUGGGAAUCCCAGGAUCAGAAGUGGCUACCACCAUGACCACCUUUAAGCAGGAAAAUGUUGAAGAUUAUUAUGAAAUCGGAGAAGAGCUUGGAAGUGGGCAAUUUGCUGUGGUCAAAAAAUGUCGGGAGAAGAGCACUGGUGUGGAAUAUGCAGCAAAAUCCAUCAAAAAGCGUCGAAGCAAGUCCAGCCGCAGAGGGGUGACCAAAGAAGACAUAGAGCGAGAAGUCAGCAUAUUGAAAGAGAUCCAGCACCCGAAUGUGAUCACUCUGCACGACGUGUACGAGAACAAAACGGACGUUAUUUUAAUUCUAGAGCUUGUGGCAGGGGGAGAGCUCUUUGACUUUCUGGCUGAGAAAGAAUCCCUUUCAGAAGAAGAAGCCACUGAGUUUCUGAAGCAGAUCCUUGAUGGAGUUUUCUAUCUGCAUUCCAAGCAAAUCGCUCACUUUGAUCUGAAGCCUGAAAACAUCAUGCUGCUAAACAGAAAUGUGCCUCAUCCCCGCAUUAAACUCAUUGACUUUGGGCUGGCUCACAAAAUUGAUUUUGGCAAUGAUUUCAAAAACAUCUUUGGUACUCCAGAAUUUGUAGCUCCAGAAGUAGUCAAUUAUGAACCUUUAGGCCUAGAAGCAGAUAUGUGGAGUGUUGGGGUGAUAACAUAUAUUCUCUUGAGUGGAGCCUCUCCCUUCCUGGGUGAUAACAAGCAAGAGACUUUGGCAAAUGUAUCUGCAGUGAACUACGAGUUUGAUGAGGAGUUCUUCAGUAAUACAAGCAAUCUAGCUAAAGAUUUUAUUAGAAGGCUUUUGAUAAAAGAUCCAAAAAAACGAAUGACAAUUCAAGAUAGUUUACACCAUCCAUGGAUUAAGCCUAAGGACACACAGCAAGCACUCAGUAGAAAAGAAUCAGCAGUAAAUGUGGAAAAACUUAAAAAGUUUGCAGCCCGAAGAAAAUGGAAGCAAUCAGUACGUCUCAUCUCCUUGUGUAAUCGGCUGUCAAGAUCUUUUCUGUCUAGAAGCAAUAUCAGUGUUGCACGGAGCGAUGAUACUCUAGAUGAUGAAGACUCCUUUGUGAUGAAAGCAAUUAUUCAUGCCAUCAAUGAUGACAAUGUCCCUGGGCUGCAACACCUUCUUGGAUCUCUGACAAGUUAUGACAUCAACCAGCCUAACAAGCAUGGAACACCUCCCCUUCUCAUAGCAGCAGCAUGUGGAAACAUUCAGAUACUUGAUCUGCUGAUGAAAAAGGGAGCAGAGAUUCAGGCACAAGACAAGUGUGGUGCAAAUGCCAUCUAUUAUGCAGCUCGAAAUAGUCAUGUAGAAACCUUAAAAUUCCUCAAUGAAAGAAAGUGCCCCCUGGAUGUUCAGGAUAAGUCUGGAGAAACCGCUCUUCAUGUUGCUGCCAGGUAUGGGAAUGUAGAUGUGGUCCAGUACCUCUGCAGUAUUCAAGCCAAUCCAAAUGUGCGAGACAAGGAGCAGGAAACUCCCUUACAUUGUGCAGCCUGGCAUGGUUAUUAUCCCGUUGCCAAAGUUCUCUGUGAAGCUGGUUGCGAUGUCAAUGUUAAGAAUAAAGAAGGGGAGACUCCUCUUCUGACUGCCUCAUCCAGAGGAUACCGAGAUAUUGUUGAGUGCCUGCUGGACCAUGAUGCUGAUCUGGAUUCCACAGACAAGGAUGGGCAUAUAGCGCUGCACCUAGCAGUGCGAAGGUGUCAGAUUGACGUGGUGAAGUGCCUCAUCAGUCAUGGCUGCUAUGUGGAUGUACAGGACCGCCAUGGAAACACUCCACUGCAUAUUGCCUGCAAGGACGGCAAUGUCCCCAUUCUGCUGUCUCUUUGUGAUGCAAAGUGUAGCCUGGAUAUUCCAAAUAAAUAUGGAAGAACCCCACUGCAUUUAGCAGCUAACAAUGGAUGCCUUGAUGCUGUUCGCUACCUCUGUGUUGCUGGUGCUAACAUAGAUGCUGUCACCAAUGAUGGAAAGACAGCAGAGGAUCUUGCAAGAAAUGAACAGCAUGAACAUAUUGCAAUCUUGCUGGGGAGGCUUAAAAAGGAUGCGCACAAAGGAAGCUUCAUCCAGCAGCUCAGACCAACACAGAAUCCACAACCCCGAAUCAAGCUCAAACUCUUUGGGCAUUCUGGCUCAGGAAAGACCACCCUGCUCGAGUCCCUCAGGUGCGGGAUUUUAAGAAGCUUCUUCAGGAGACGCAGACCCAGGUUGUCCUCCACCAAUUCCAGCAGGUUUCCUCCUUCCCCCAUGUCCUCAAAGCCAACAGUUUCAGUGAGCAUUUCAAACCUCUACCCUGGCUGUGAAAACGUAAGUGUGAGAAGCCGCAGUAUGAUGUUUGAGCCCAGCCUGACCAAGGGAGUCCUGGAGGUCUUUUCCCCAAUGCACAAUUCCUCUGCUGCAGAUGACCAGUCCACCAAAGCAAUUGAAAUACAGAAUGCCAACAUUAAUGGUGUGGGUGAUUUCAACGUGUGGGAGUUCUCUGGCAAUCCUGUAUAUUACUGCUCCUAUGAUUACUUUGCUGCAAAUGACACCACGGCAGUUCACGUUAUACUUUUCAGUUUGGAGGAACCCUACGAGACCCAGCUCAAUCAAGUGACUUUCUGGCUUAACUUUCUCAAGUCCUUAAUCCUGCCAGAAGAACCCAUAGCAUUUGGUGGAAGGAUAAAGAACCCACUGCGAGUUGUGCUUGUAGCCACACAUGCUGAUAUUGUGAAUUUACCUCGGGCCUUUGGAGGGGAGUUUGGGUAUGACAAGGAAUUGUCUUUGCUCAAAGAAGUCAGAACUAGGUUUGGGAAUGAUCUGCAGAUUUCUGAAAGGCUCUUUGUUCUAGAUGCUGGUGCAUCGAACUCUAAAGACAUGAAGCUUCUUAGAAAUCACCUGCAGGAGCUAAGAAAUGUUAUAAUUUCUUCAUGUCCACCUAUGACAUUACUUUGUGAGAAAAUCAUUUCUACGUUGCCUGCGUGGAGAAAGAUGAAUGGGCCAAACCAGCUGAUGUCCUGGCAACAGUUUGUUUUUGACAUUCAAGAACAAAUUAACCCCUUAAUUAGUGAGGAUGACUUGAGGGAUUUGGCUCUCCAGUUACACAGCAUGGGAGAACUCAACAUCAUGCAGAGUGAAACCAUCCAGGACGUGGUUCUCCUGGAUCCACGGUGGCUGUGUACCUGCGUGAUAGGGAAGAUCCUGUCUGUCGAGACUCCUAAAGCCAUACACCACUACCGGGGGCGCUACAGAAUAGAGGAGGUCCAGAGCCUGGUGUCCGAGAACGACGUAGACGAGCUGAUCCAGAUUCUCGAUGCUAUGGAUAUCUGCGCCAGGGAUCUUACUAACCCAACGAUGGUGGAUAUCCCCGCUCUCAUUAAAACAAACGGCAUGCACAGGUCUUGGACAGAGGAGGACGAGGAGGAUGAAGUGCUGGUCUAUGGAGGCGUGCGGAUAGUUCCUGUUGAGCACCUUACCCCUUUCCCUUGUGGCAUCUUCCACAAACUGCAGGUGAACCUGUGCAGGUGGAGCCACCAGCAAAAGCCCGAAGGAGACGACAUCCGAUUGUGGACAAAUGGAGUCAAAAUAGCACACGGCGGGGCUGAGGUCAUGGUGUUGCUGGUGAACCAUGGGCAAGGAAUUGAAGUCCAGGUGAGAGGAAUGGAUCCUGAGAAGAUAAAGUGUUACAUGCUACUCGAUUUGAUAUGUAGCAUUAUUGAUAACUUAAUGGCCACUACAGUGCCAGGACUCCUAACUGUGAAAUACUACCUGAGUCCACAGCAACUUAGAGAACAUCAUGAGCCUAUCAUGGUCUAUCAGCCUAGAGACUUUUUAAGGGCACAAACACAGAGGGAGGCUUCCCUUGCCAACACCAUGGGAGGCUACAAAGAGAGUUUCAGCAGCAUCCUGAGUUUUGGAUGUGCUGAGGUAUACCAUCAGGGAAGCCUGGGAAUGGAUAUACAUAUGUCUGACACAAGUCUACUGGUAAGAAGGAAACUUAGUCGACUUUUGGAUCCACCAGACUCAAUGGGCAAAGACUGGUGUCUCUUAGCCAUGAACCUUGGUCUGACGGACCUGGUUGCAAAAUAUAGCACACAAAAUGGGACUCAGGAGGAGGACGUGUUUCAUUCCAGUCCCACAGCUGUUCUCAUACAGGAGUGGAGCACCAACCCUGAAAGCACAGUGGGGAUUUUCAUGGCAAAGCUGAGGGAACUGGGGCGCAGGGACGCAGCAGACUUUCUCUUAAAAUCAUCCACCGUGUUCAAAGUUAACCUGGAUGUUAAUGGUCAAGAGACAUAUGGAACAACUUGCAAUGGGGGGACAUCCUACAACUCGAUUAGCUCAGUCAUAUCCCGAUGAAAUAAAGAAGGGUUUGGGAAAUUAAGUGCAAUCUGAACAGAGCCCUACCAUAACCAGUUUUCUAAUAUUAAGCAGAUGAUUUAUACCUUUGAAAACAGUCACAACAAAGAAAGGUAAUUCAGAUUUGUGAAACUAGUGUUUUUCUACAUUGUUACCCUCCUUUUUUAUUAAACGAUUAUAAAGGUUUUUUUUUUGCCAAGCCAGAACAGUAGAAAAAUAUUUUAACGAUCGUUUGUAUUCUUAAAAGCACAUGCAUAAUACUGCCAUUUUGAUAUGACCAUUCCAUGAAAAUGAAAUGUGUGCACCCUAUAGUGAGGUAUCUUUUAUCAUUGGGUAUUAAUGUUUUUUAUAUGUAAAAUAAAUUACAUGCUUAAAGCAGUAUGAAAUUAAUUAUAUAUAAAUACCUGGCAGCGCUUAUUGCUAUAUCAUGUUUAAAAAUAUUUGAGUGCCUUUUCACAGGAUGGUUUACUAUUUAUAGCUGAUCAUCUUUUUAAGUCAAAGCCCUCUACCUCCCUAUUAGUCUAAUGUUCACAGGCCUAUCAUAAAAGGGGUGCUUACCAAACUCUUUUCUCUAGACAACAAAUGGCUCUGUUUCUACUCUUUUAUUUGGAGAUGGUACCUUUUUAUGUACUGGUCGAUUACCCUUUUACCAUGUUUUAAAAUAAAAUUGACAGCAAUUUUACCCUUAUAAAGAAAAACAAACAGGGCAGUGUGGAAUUGUGUUUAGGGCCCUGGUCCCAUUAAAAGAGGUUUCUAUAUCCCUGACGCAGACACCAAAUGUUGUGUCUUCCAGCAUGGUGCUUCUGUCCACCAUUUGUUCUUCAUAUGGGUACCACUAUUGCAAUAGGCUAACCUGCAACAAGGUAACAUCCCCUGUUAGGGGAGCCCUAGACCUUUAAUUCACUUGCUUGAGGAAGACUUUUUCCCAGUGUAAAAAAAAAAAAUCACUAUGGAAGUUUGUUUCUUUUUUUUAAGUUUCACUGCACUCUUUUUUUAGACACAGUGAGAGGGUAUAUCUGAAAGAAAAGGGAACAGGUUUAUUUAAAACUUUGUACAGUGGUCUCUUUGCACAAGACUUUUGUUCUAUUUAUAUGUUAAGUUCUUUAAGCAUGUCUUGGAAUGCCAUGUUCUUAAAGCUUUCUUAAACUUUAUAGCGUAGAAACCUUUUUAUAAUAAAUUGUUUACCUAAUG